CUCUUUCCCUACUCAGGAAGCGGAGGGAAAUUUGAAAUAUUUCGAUAUUAUAGUAUUAAAAGUAUGAAUUGUCAUUAUUUCAGUAGUUCACACUAUUGCAGUGAUCAUAAACAAGAAUAAUAUUUGAUUGAUAUUCAUGAUAUUUAAAAUGAAAUGCCACUAGUUUUCUUUGUUGUUGUUGUUAGCAUCCGCUAACGUUAACGAACAGCAUAGCUAGCCAACCCGGGCUUGUUGCUGUGGACGCCACAUUAGCAUAAAAAGCUACCUAGACAGAAGCUAAAUCAGCGUUGUGUUAUCAUUUUUGUUUUACAUGUUACUGUCCGAUCGAUGUGAAGUUGUGCAUUAUUUUCCCAAUUUCGUUUAGCUAGUCCCUACCAAUACCAUUAUGAAGCACCAACUCGAGCUGACAGUGAGAUGAUUGUCGAUGAAAUCCCCAUCGACCUUAAAGGGGGUUUACGUGAAUAAUAUUACUGAUUAAAUGGAACUGAAGCUGGAGGUUGUGUUGUCGUCCAGCAUCAAACGAAAGAAACCAUGGCCACGGUUCUGUUGGCUCGGAUUGGAGAAUGAGUCUGUUUUCCUACUGGAUGACAAGAGGAUCAGUGAGAUCAACAUGGUCUCUGGGCGGACCAAGAAGAAGACCCCCAAGCUGCACACUAUGCUCCCCAGGGUAGUAACAAUGGCUGCAUCCCAGAACGGUGUGUGGCUUGCAGGAUUGCUGGUCUCAGGAGAGAUGUUUCUAUGGAACAGGGACAAAGACUUGUUAAAAACGGCAUCAGCUGUUCCUACAGUAGCUCAGCUCAUCAGUGUGGCCCAAGGUUCUGGCGUGCGCCUUUCUUUAGGGGUUUCUGCGGAUGGGAUGCGGGCGUUGCUGCUGUCUGUGACUGGGCAGGUGUUCCUGUGGGAGUGUGUGGAUGUGCGGGACCUGGCAGGCCUGCGCGACGGCCCUGCCAGAGGGCGCUGGGCUCAGAUACAACAUCCUGACCACAUCUCUCUGCCGUCCCUAACGGACAAGGAGACGUCGCCACACAGCAUCUUCAUCAAGGGGGAGGCAGUGGGGGAUGUCUGCCUGUCUGCGUUUGUUUUCACCGUGGGCGUGGAGCUCUGUGUCACUUUCCUGAAGAUCCAAUGGGAGGAAGGCCAGAAGACCAGUGUCAGUCCUGUUGGGUACAGGGUACAUUGGGUCACCAAGACGUACGCCAUGUCCCGCCUCACCCCACCCUGUCGCCCGGUGAAGUCCAGAGGGGCGCUGGUGGGGGCAUUCUCCCCCGAGGGCCUGCUGUUAGCCGUAGUCCUGAACCAGAGAGACCCCAGGGCUACCCAGGUUCUGUUUGUGAGCACCCAGAACUUUGUGACUGUGUCCAGCGGACUGGGGGGGUGCGGCAACAGGAAUGCCAACGUCCCUGCCAGGUACAUGAGGUCCUACUGGGUGGGCGGUGUGAGCUGGGCUGCUGGAGGCCUCCACCUGGCCUGUGUGCUGAAGAGGGGCUCCUUCCUCAUGCUGGUUCGUCUGGGGGCGCUGCUCUCUCUGUCUACAUCGGGGUGUAACGUGGACUUUGGACCGGCCCACUUCCUGCCCCUGCAUCCAUUAGUCACCUAUAGACCUCCAGUCUCUGCGGGCGCGGCCGGGGUUGACCCCCUGUCCAGCUCCAGUCAGUCCGCGCGGGACACCCUGCGGCAGCGCUACUCUGUGACCUGGCACCCCCGGCUGCCCUACCUCAUCGUGUCCGACGGCUACGUGGCCACGGUGCUGCGGGUCCCGGAGCCGCCCGCCCCCGGCGCCCUCCUCGGGGCUCUGCUCCGCCACGCCUCCCGAGGCCUGGAGGAGGCCAGCAGGGCUCUGGAGAGAAUACAGCCCUGCGCCAGGGAGUGGCUGGAGUCCAUGUCCUGUCUGAAGCCUGGGAGCAGUCUGCAGGAGCUGAGAGCCAGGCUCACACCGGUCCCAACCCCGGCAGCUGCGUCCACCCUGCCUCUCUUCCUACAGGACCGGGGAGGCCUUGGAGACACCGGGGAGCUGGUCCAGAGAGUUCAGGCUCUGUUCGACGACGACUCGGAUCUCGAAGGACCGCCUCCUGGGUCGCAUGCGGAGGACGGGGGUCGGCUGUUGUUCGCCUCCAUGUUUGACACCCUGCAUGCCCUCUCCGACACCCCGGUUGACCCUGACACCUGUCCUCCUGACCCCAGUCCUCCACCUGACCCUAAUGCUACCUCUGUGGACUCCGAGAGGAGACCCCGAGCCUUCCCUCCUGAGCUCCGGGGGGUCCAAGGCAGCCUGCUGACAGCGUGGGCCCUCGGCGUGUCACUAGGUGGUGCCGUGGAGCAGAGAGAGGCCCUGCUGAGGUACGCAGUCUGCUGUGCUGUACGUUUCGCCGCUCUCCUCCGUAUGACCUCCGUCCCCAGCUCCCGCGCGGGGAGGAGAAAAAAGAAGACUGCUGUUCCCUUCUCCUCCCACCUCCUCCUUUUCCUCAGGACUCUUCUCUCGUUCCUCCCCUGGGAUAGCCCUCUCACGGGGGGAAGGAGCUGCUUGGGCGUGGUGGUGGAGCUCACCCAACAGCUAGUGGGCCUGCUCCUCUCCUCGCCCCCUGGUCAGACUGGCUCCGAGCCCUCCUCCCAGACCCUGUCAACAGCCCUGCUCCUUCUGCAGCUGACCUCCAAAAGUCUGGACCACACGUACGGCCUCCAGCAGAAAUCCUCCUUCACAGAUGUCUACUGUGUGCCUUUCCUGCAAGAGGAGGAGGAGGAGGAGGAGGAGGAGGGAGGGGUUUCCGGACCAGGACAACGGGACACCUCCCAGAGGCCCUCCAGCAGGCUGCGGGGAGUGUGGCGUGAGGUGUACAGACACGCCCUACAGCGCUGGGAGGAGCUGAAGUACCGCCGGAGAGCUCCGGGCCGGGAGGAAGAGCGUGGCCGCGUGUCUGUCGUCCUGUCCCAGAUCCAGGCAGCGCUGCAGCGGGUGGGAGACAGGCUGGGGGAUGGGCCCGUUCUGCGGAGCUACACGGGGGAAGAGCACUUCCUGCUUGGUUCCUACCCGGAGAGCGCCCAGGUUUGGAGGGCGGAGCUGUGGGCGGAGAGAGAGAGAGGCGGGCCUCGGAGUGCGUUCGCUGAGACGCGUCUUUGUCUGUCUCUGCUGUACGGCCUGCUGUUCAGGUACUGUCUGAAAGAAGCCCAGGCGCUUGGCGACCACAUGGCCCGUGUUUUACUCCACCGGGCCGGACCGCACAGGGACGACCCGCACCGCAGCACCGAUGAGGCUGAACCUGUCUCCUGGCUGCCCGCCGAUAUCCACCCUGAGGCUGCCUGUGCCGUAGUCCAGACCCUGGGCCGCUUCAUGGCCUCCUAUUUCACCAACCAGCCCCUUCUCAUCCUGCCCCCCCACAGUGUGGACGUACUGCCCCCCAUACACCUGCCUCAUUCCCCGGGCGUUGGACGUCUGGUACCCCUGUGCCAGGAGGGGGUGUCGGGGGCGGUACGGGCCCAGCAGCUGUCAGGGGUGUGGACGGUGGGCUAUGCCCAGGACCUGCUGCUUCAGGGGGGGCUGCUUCCUGAGGCCACCUGGCUGGCCCAUCGUCUGGGGGACUGGAAGACGGCGGCCUCCCUGGGCCUGGCCUACAAAACCUACUGCACCGAGCACUAUGACUUCACCGGGCUCAGGUGGAGAGAACUACAGUUACCAGCGGCCCUUGAGCCUGGGAGCAUCUUUCAGAGUCAGCUGGAACGUCUACUGGGCAGGAAGCCUGGGGCUGAAGAAGACAAGGAGAGCUACAAGAGCUUCACAGACUCUCUGGAGGGGGAGGACACGGAGUUGUUGCAGGGUUCGGUGCAGGAGAUCCUGAAGGCAUCUGUCAUGGCCGGGGUUGAUGUGUUGUCUCAGCCCCUGGGAGCUCUGCUGGACUCGGCCAAAGACCUGGCCUCCGGUCUCCCCGCCCUGGUGCCCCUGGGGCUGUAUCUGCCCGCCCCCCCGCUCUACUGUCCCCAGCCUGCAGCCAACACGCAGGACCUGUCUGGGGCGUUGGGGCAACAGUUGGAGGAGGCGUCCCGUCACAGGGUGUCAGGGCUCCUCCAGGGGGCGCUGCUCCUCCUGAGGUCUGCCCGCUGCUCCCGCCCCGCUGCCCAGUGGUACCUCAGCCGUCUGCGACGCUCCCGACGCCUCCAACAAAAGAUCCAUCAGAAGUACUUCCGGCGGCAGCGGGAGGCUGACUCCUUUCCGGGGGGCCUGUUGAAGUUUGUGAACCGCCGUGGAUUCUUCGGGCUGGGACCCAGUGGAGAUGGAAACCUGGACUCUGUCACCAUUCAAACUAUCAUCUGCUUCAGAGAGCUGUGUGGCCUCUGCUGGAUGCUCCAUGUCAGGGACAAGCUCUCGAUGUCUUGCCGGACGUAUCAGGCCGCAAGGAACUGUGGGAAAAAUGCCCAGGUCCCUGCAGGUGACGGGGAGGUGACAGCUGCGGGCCAGGAGGUUCUUCGCUGGACCUGUCGUUACCUACCCUUCUCCCGCUUCCUGAACGCUGAGGAGAUACUCCAGGACAUCAUCCUCAGCCUGGUGUCUGAGUUGCCCCCCGGACCCCUGGUGGCAGAGUCUCUGGUGAGGGUCUUCCCCGAGGGGGAGGAGUCAGUCAGGGUUCCUCUGAGGGAGAAGUACAACUCAUUGCUGCAGAGACUGAGGUCAUGUCCUGUCCCAGCGUCGAGACAUGACAGCCAGAAGAGCAGGGAGAAGGAGGAGGGGGAGGAGACGUUGGCGAUUUUGAUGCAGGAGCGACUCGGCCGGAGGAGGAAGAACCUGAAGCGUCUGGCCAGGCACCUGGCUCCCACGGAGCUCUAUCUGUGGGAGUGGGAGGAGGAGGAGGAGAGGGGGGGAGCAGACCAGGGGGCUGCGGCCACGCUUGGGAGGUUCUCCCUGGGUACCAGCCUGAGCAACAGCACCGUGACCGACUGCGGGAGCCCCCCACUGUGUAGCGAGGGAGACACGGCGGAGAACACCACGGACAACUCCGAGGCUCUCUCCUCUGACCUCCUCAGCAGGCCUCGUCACAGCGGCAGCAAGACAGCGAAGUUGCCAGACGUAGCCGACAAGCCCGGAAAGAGAGAAGUCCCAACGGAUCAGAGGGCCCGGGAGGGGGGCCGGAACCGUGCCGGCCCUGCCCAUGACCCCGCUGCGGGGGACGGCCCCUGCCCGGCUCUGCCCGUGGUGGGAACCUGGGAGUUCGAGCUGGAGGAUGAGGAGUACCUGAGUUUCCUGGAGCUCUUCUUUAGCUUCGUGUUGGAGAAGGACGGCCCGGACCCGGACUGUGACCCUCCCCUGCUCAGGUCCUUCUGUGGCCAGCUGAGAGAGAAGGAGCUUCACUCCCUCACGUUCGAUGUUCUCACCACCCUGCGCCGCCGCCAGAGAGACGGACGUCACGUGACCCGGAGGCCAGGGGGGGUUGAUUCCCCCGUGUUCCGAGCCGGGAGGUGCUUCAAGCCAGACCUUGUUUCCACGCUGGAACCGCCCGCUACGUUCCUCCGCGGUGAGCUUCCCACGUCCAGACCCAGCGGGUCUGCCAGCGCCCUGUCUCUCCCUGGGCUCGGCCCUGCCAAGCAGCAGGGCUUGUUCGGCGUCAGAAUAAGGGCGGGCCUGACUCCAGGAGCCACACCUCAAAGAGGCCAGCUUGGCUCUGAGUGUAGUCCCAGUCAGAGCACGGUCCCCUGGGAGCAGCCAUCCGAGCGCUGGGCCUUCGGGUCCCCGGCUUCCGCGGAGGAUGUGGAGCUUCAGUGUGAGCUGGAUCCCCAACUGGAGGCCCGGUUUCCUGGUCUGGCCCGGCUGCUGGAGUGGAUGGUGCGCUGGGCUGAUAAGAGGGUGCUCCUGGGACACAGGGGCCAGGGGAAGGAGAGGGGGGCAGGCAGGGGAGGGGUGGACAGAGGGAGGGGUGGGCCGGUGAUCCGGGUCAAGGUGUCGGCUCCUGCAGUGCUCACAGCCCUCAGCAUGUUGGAGAGCAGGUACACCACUGCCCUGCUGGGGAAGGACUGCUACAGCAGACACCUACAGGUUCGGGACAGGCAGUGGACUGUGGCUCCGGUGCUGCAGCCUGAGAUGGGCUGGAAGAUGGAGAGAGAGAGUAGUGUGGAUACUGGUUAUCCUGGGUCAGCUGACACACCUGUUACUGUGCCAGAACCAGACCCACAGCACUGCCAGCUGUCUGAUGAGUCAGAGACUGAGGGCCUGGAGCCAGAGACAUCCCUGGAGACCUCACGUGACCAUGAAGGAUUUACCUUUAACCCUGGGAGCGGUGUGACAGACUUCCCAGACAAGCUAGACCUUUCUCCUGAAAAUGAAGGAGAUGACAGCAAUUGUGAUGAGGUCUCAAGGUCGUCAGACUCUUUGGCGGUCCCCAACAUCUGCGUCCACAUCAACUGCCCCCGUCAGACCCCGAGCCCCCGCCAGACAGCGAGCCCCCGUCAGACCCCGAGCCCCCGCCAGACAGCGAGCCCCCGCCAGACAGCGAGCCCCCGCCAGACACCGAGCCCCCGUCAGACACCGAGCCCCCAACACCAGGCCUUAACACUAGAUGACCUGCAGUGCUCAGAGAGAGUAGAGGACAGUGUGAACUCACAUGACGGUCCAGGAUCCGCCAGCUCUCCCCAGGCCAGACCCCGGCCCAUCCCCAGGGCAGGACCUCAGGCUGGGGCUCAGACAGCAGCCUGUGACCCUAACGUAGCACCGGCCCAGAGCAACGUCAAUACUACCCCUCUUCCUGCCUCCGCUUCCGGCCACGCCUUGCCUGCCCAGACUGACCCGGUCAGACAGCUGCUGCAGGAUGAGCUGUUCAAACUUGUCCAGUUGCAGCAGGUCAAUUUCAUGAGUCUGAUGCAGGUGGUGGGGGCGUCGUUUGUCAACCUCUCACAGAGCAAUGCGCCCCCCCCUCACCCCAAUAUGAUUCCGUCCCAGAACGACACGUCCCUCUUCCCCCAGUCCCAGGCCGGCGUACCAGCUCCCCAGACCUCAGCUCGGGCGAGCCUGGCCUCGGAGCCCCAUCCCGGGCGAGACAGAACCGCGGACCAACCACAAAUUCAGGAAAUGCAGCCUUUAACCAUCCGUCAUGAGCCGUCCAGAGAUAUCCAGGGGGCACCCAGGAUGCUGAUCUCGUCCUCUCACGGCCUGCUGACCACUGUGGAGCCGACACAGACCGCCUUCAGUGUCCCUGUCAUACUGCCCCCUGGUGGUGGCCCGCCACACGCCGCUCCCUACAGCUCAGGACUGAAGCUGCUUCAGCUGCCCCCUCUGCUGUCCCAGGGCCGGCCCAGCGAUACGGGCCCCGUACGUGAAGCCUGGGCCCCCUUGCCUGAGAGGAGGCCCAGCACUACGCCGCCCCCCCACCUCAACCCCAGCCAGUACGACCCCGCUGCUCAGAGAAGGGAGAGAGAGUCCACCGCUCCGACGUCGUCCCUCAAUCUGGCACAGUACGCCCCCCAACACCCCCCCGACCGGGCCCCCAGGACCCGGGUGGAGGCUCCUAGAAGGGAUGAGCCGGUUCACCAUCCCCUGGCCCUCCCGGCACACAGACCUCCGCCUGUUCAUGGCCUCCCCCUCCUCCGCUUCCACCCCGACCCGCGUCCCCAAAUCCCCCACAUCCCCCUGCCCCUGUCCUCAAUACCACUGACCAUCUUCCCGGUAGCCGCUGGCCACCAGCCCAGACUACAGCUACUACAGGGAGGCCUGGAGCCUCCGAGGAUGGUGUUGCCCCACGCCACCCGCCAGGCUCCUUUGCCGCGUCUCAUCCCCCCAGAGGAGCUAAUGGGCUGGGCCAGAGGACAACGGGGCGGGACGGAGUCCAGGCUCCAACUCCUCAGAGUGGGGACACAGGCACAGAACCACACCCGUGCAACGCCCUCCACCGUCACCCUCUCCAGCAAGAGGGGGAAGCGGAGAGAGGAGAGGUCGAGGAGAGAGGGAGAGAGGAAGGAGGUCACGUUCAGACCGGAGGAGUCCAUCAUACCCCCUCAAGAGUCCAGUAAGGAGGAGCCUGCUGAUUCAGCUCCUGGUGAGGACUUAGUCUUCCCCCUGGGCACCUUUGACUCCAAGCUGACGGGUCAGGGACUGGUGGACAGAUAUUGGUCCACAACGGCUGAGCUCCAUGCCUUUGCCUCCACGCACAAAAGACCCCCAGAGAGCCAUGACGCCUGCACCAACACAGACCCCACUCCUCACUCAGCUGAAGAUGCGUUUGCCCAAACUGCUGUCGCUUCCGCCGCUUCGAGACCUGCCGCCCUCCCCCCUGAGCUGUUCCUGAAUCUGCGGUUCCCCGGAGAACCUCUCGUCCCGGCCUCAGGGAACCCUGGGGCGACUCCGGCAGGGAGGAACGCGGAUGUGCCGGGUCGCCAGUUCAUCAGCGUGAUCGAUCUGGAGGACGACGCUCUGUUGCAGGAGUUGCCGUCGUGCCCCGAACCAGUGGACCAGGACGCCGCCCCUGUUCCGCCCUCUCCCCCGACCUACGCACAGCUCCACCUGCUGGCUGCCUCCGUCACUGCAGGCACCAGUCCGGGGGUGGACCCGCGCCCAGCCCCGCCAGGCUUCUCUGUGUCGUCCCCUCCGUCAGCCCGUCCUGAGCCCAGCGGAGACCCGGAGACGCUCCGCCUGCUGCAGGACAGAAGCCCAGGCCGACCCCUGGGGACCAGGACUCCGGGGGCCCCUCGCGGGAUCCAAGUGACCGCACGUCUGUCCGAGAUGGACGUCCAGCUCGCAGCCUUACAGGACAUCGCGGAUCACAUGGAGAGAGAGUUCGCAAACACCCGACUGCUGGUGAGCACUAUUGAGACUCUGGCUCCUGACGUGUUGGUGAGAAGAACACUGCUGAACAAGACUGUCACUCUGGCCAUCUCACCGCGAGAAGGGUGGAGACCAGGUCUCUCCGAGCACCUUGGCACUGAGCUGAGAGAGGAAAAGAAGGAGCAGGAGGAGGAAGUAGGCCACGGUCCGUUAGUCAGCCAACCUCCUGGAGGUGUGAAACAGCCCCUCUCACCCCCCGCCCCUGCCAUCCGGAACACCUCUUCUCUGCACCCACUCACACCAACAGGCCAGGGGCGGUCUCCCGUUCGACCGGAAGCAGAGCAGCGUGUGACGGAGCUCGGUCAAGAUUUUACGGAAAGCAUGGACGGACAGCCGGGAAAGUGGGCAGACGAGACUCUGGGUCUCAGUGGGCUGAGUGAUGUGGCGGACAUUUUGGGGGAGUUGGUGAGGGAGGGAGGCAUCUCCCCCACGGCCCUCGGGCUGUCCCACACACAAGCUGCCCGCCUCAACAGCAGGUUGGACCAGCAGGAGACCGGCAUGGCGGGACAGCGGGGGUCGAAAGCGGAGGAGGAGAGGAGAGAACUGAGGGUUUGGAUGAGAAGGAAACAGAGGGAGCGACUGGUCGAGUACCGCAGACAGAAGGAGGAGCAGAGGCAGGGGGAGCGGAAGCCGUUCUCAGCCCCGGCUGCACUGAAACCAACUUCCAAAGACAUAAACAUCAGUAAGAAAAUCAAGGAAGAGAAGGACAAGAUGAUCCUGCUGGAACACCACAAUCAGAGGGCCCGCGAUGCCUGCAGUCUGAUCGCAGACCUUCUCACCACCCCACUGACUCUUCCCGCUAACGCCAACCGAACACUGACCCUACCCUCCACCUCCACACGACCCCUUCCUGGCCAGACUGCCGGGAGCAGCCCCAGGGGUCGUAGCCUGUCUGUAGGAGGGAAGGAGAGGACCAGUCCCAAAUCCCAGGCGGGUAGAGCCCGCUCCUCCCCAGGGGCGAUACCACGGGCCCUGAGAAUGCCUGUGUCCUCAGGGGGGCAGGAGACACUGAGUGUCAGACUGGGACUACACAGACCAGCGAGUGCUCUGCCAGGGGACCGUCUCUCUCAGGUGACCCGGAGGGGCAUGAUCACAUCCCCGAGGGGCAGGAGUGUGACUGGACCUAAGACACCCACCCGGCCAGAGCAGAGACGGGAAAUGAGCCAGUCCCCUCCUGGACGGAGAGGUGGAGGAGCGAGAGAGCAGAGGGAGACCGAGGAGAGGGAGGAGGAGGUGGUGAGCCCAUGGAACCCCCCACCGGAGAUCCGCAGGUUGCUGGGGCUCGAGGGAACAGAGUGCCGGGAUGGGGCAGAUGCCGGGGCAGAUGCCAGCGCUGGGAGAGAAGGGAUGGACUUCCCAGACACCCUGUCAGAAAGCACCGGAAGUAUUCUAAGCAAACUAGACUGGGCUGCGAUUGAAAGCAUUGUGGCUGCAGAAGGGUCCAUCUGACUGGCUGAAGGCAUCAUUACAUUUGUCAAUUUGCAGCAGCUCCUAUCAUGAUGAGCGAGGACGAGGAACACAUUAAAACCAUUUAUGUGCCUAUAUACUGGGAUAUUUACUUUGAAGCGUUUCAACUGUUCAACGUAGCAUGUAGAGUUCAGUCUGUAACAUAAUUCUGUCUCGUCAUGUCUUUGAUAGCAGCUUGUACCAGAGAAUCAGCAUCACAAUAUUGUCUUUACUCCAGCCACAUCUUUUCUGAAUGACUUUGUGUGUUAUUUUCUUUUGCUGCAUUUCUUAAAUUCCUUUUAUAUUUAUUAUUGUUCAUAUACAACCAUGUUUCCAAUACAGUUGGCAUGCUGUGUAAA